GUGGUAACGACCCUCUAAAGACCGCGAAUAUUGUAUGAUGAUAAUUAAAACUAGUUUUGUUGGCUUAAAUCUCAAAUUCAAUUAACACGUAGUCCAUAUGAUAUCAUAGUUAAUUAAUAAAAAAAAAUUUACAUUGCAAAUAUGACUAUCAACAUCGCAGCUAAUUUUCGUAUACACAAAAUUGGAUUAUGUUUAUUCAUAGUAAUCUUAAUUUUGUUAUAUAUUUAUGCGAUCCGUGAGUCACAUAAUUCAACAUCUAAUAAAAGUAAUGUUAACAGUAUUUCUUUAAAAUCGCUACUGGCAGAUUCAAUUCAUGCAGCCGAAAUCGGAGGAUUAGAAGUAGUUGAUGUUCAUUCACAAGCCAAAGUUUCAAUAGAGAUAAAAGGAAAAACAAAGGAAGGAAUUAAUGAUCUUGUGACAACAGCUGAUUAUAAAUCACAUUGUGCUAUGUAUAAAUACCUUUCAGUGUUAUAUCCAUCCCUUACUAUAAUUUCCGAAGAACAAUCUAAGGAAUGUGAUGAUACUAUAACAGUGGGAAUCACGGGUAAUACCCAUAGUUUAAGAAAUACUGAUGUCCAAAAUGAUUUGAUGGUUAAUGCCGAUGAUAUCACAGUAUGGAUUGAUCCGUUAGAUGCGACCAAAGAAUAUACUGAACAUUUGCUAGAAUAUGUAACCACAAUGGUCUGCAUUGCUGUGAGAGGAAUCCCAUUAAUAGGAGUAAUUCAUAAACCAUUUGAACCUAAACAAACUUAUUGGGCAUGGGCUUAUCAUGGAGUGUCGAGUAAUUUACGUAAAAAAGUAAAAUCAAAAUCAAAAAAAAACAUUGCUAUCAUUGUUUCACGAUCUCACGCCGGAAGAGUCCAUAAUAUUUCCAAGACAGUAUUAGGUGAUGAUGUAAACAUAAUUUCAGCUGCUGGUGCAGGAUAUAAGUCUCUUGAAGUAGCUGUAGGGAACGCUUCAGCUUAUGUUCAUGUAACGGCUUUAAAAAAGUGGGACAUUUGUGCAGGAGCAGCGAUUAUUAAUGCUCUAGGUGGAACGGUGACGUCAUUAUCUAAUGAAGCUAUGGUAGACUUUAGAUCUUCUGAUUCACUAGUCUUCGAUCGUGGCAUUUUAGCUACCAUGACAAAUCAUUAUUGCAAUAUUGCAUUUUCUUGUUUAAAGAAAAUAAAAUUUCUCGGAAAAAGUACUAUACUUUUCAUGCAAGCAUUUUUGUAUGCUCCGACCAAGUCACAAAAGUUGCUUAAGCUAAGAGAAAAAAAUUGUUGGCAGAAAAUAUAGAUAUGGAGAAGGGAGAAGUCACCCGUGCUAGACAGCAGCAGAGGGAGUAGUUUGGUGCUCGCCACGAGAUCGCGCCCAGCCACUUGUAUUUUUUCUGAUAAAAAAGAUAUUCUAAAAUUGUUAUAUUCCGAAUUUGAAUACGAUUUUCUUCGCCUACUCCUCUGUCAUCUGACAGAAUGACAAGUACAUUUUUGGAUUGUACUAUAAUAUAUCCUGUAGUACACCAUGGGUAAAAAAGGAUAACGACUAUUUUCGAUAGAGAACUUCAGAUAGUUGAUUUGACAAAACAUUAUAUAGGUAAUGUACCAAACUAACCUUUACAUAAACAAAGUAUAGAAAAUCUAAUCAGUAUUAGAUCAUAAUUGUAAUAGGUAUUACGAUGGCAAGACCAGUUAUAAUUAUAGGACGUAUAGAUACGAUUGAAACAUCAUAAGUAAUAAAAGAAAUGCUUUUGAAAUAUAAAAUAGCUGUGAAAUUUACUAGUUAUUUUGUGCAGAAUAAAAUACAACUGACGAAACUGGAUUAUAAUGGGACAUGCAUAAGUUACGUGGAAUGAAAACAAUAUUUUCAUCUUUUUUUGAUUCCAUUAAAAUUUUCAAGGCUAUCAAAUUAUUGGAAGUAAAGGUCAAAACAUAAAGUUUGAGGUCACAAAU